GGAUGGCGGAGUUCGAUAAAGUUACCAAGAAAGAUUUCGACUUGGAAGUUGUUUAUGAGAAUUUCAAAGAAAGCUUUAAGGAGAAUCGUGAUGUUGAUCUUAAAUGUUACCUUGAUGCGUAUAGGGAGCUGGCCAGAUUUUUCAGACUUUGUGGAACUUUAUUCUUUUUCGUGGCUAAGGAUUUGGAGGGUAAAAUAAGUAUAAUUAACAGUCUUAUUCAGAAUUAUGGCCACCCUUACAGUACAGUGAGCGCCAUGGUGCUUCAUGAAGUGAAUUUGGCCCAAAAGCCUGGAAUAACAGCGCUGCUGCGUCUCCAUAGAGCACUGGAACUCAUUCUUGAAUUCAUGGAUAGACUUUCAAAAAGUUCUGACGGAGAAAAAACAUCAGAAAUGGCAGCAGAUGUAUACAGUCAAACAAUGGCAAAACACGACACUUGGUUCGUGCAAAAAUUGGCGGGUAUUGCAAUGUACACGCUUCCCUCGCGAAAAACUUUGAUGGAGACAAUGUGUAAACAGGACUACGAGCAUUCUUUGAUGCUGGUGCAGGAGAUAGUAAGCACAGGAAAACUGGUAUAUGAUGUAAUAGACUCGGAAUAUACUAAUAACGGACUACAUUGAUAUAUUUAUUCGUAUGUGUAUCAUUAUUUAUACAGUUCUAACGCUUAAUAUGAUACUAGUAUCAUUAUCGCAGGAGCGGCCGAUCUAUUUGUCGCUGUGGUGGAAAGUGCAUGGACUGAAAUAAUACGUUUUUAUACUCCCCGCUUGAAAAGAGGUGGUGUAUAGUGAUGGGGGUGUCCGUCCUUCCGUUACGCAGAGUAAUUUAAACUUUUUUCUUCGUCACAAAUUUGAAUGUGUCUAUUCAAUAUAGAGUAAGACAGUCACUGUAUUUGGUUCCCAUGAUUUAUUUGGAUAAAAGAUAUUGUAGGAAAACGUCGAAAAAAGUUUUUAUGAAAACACACAGUUGCACUUCAAAAC